AUGAAUUGUCGGAAUAAGCAGGAUGAAGAUUUGUAUGAGGUUUUGGCUUUAUCAAAGGGUGUUGAUGAACUGGUCUUCCCAAUCCUAACUAAAAUAUUAAAAAUAGAGAAAACUUAAGAUAGCCUAGAAUUUCUCUAAUAAGAUAAUAAUCAAAAGAAAUUCAAGUCAGCAAUAUUAUAGGUAAAAAAUUUAUCGUUAUUGGAUAGGGAGAGAUGCAAACUGUUGGUAAGAAUAAUAUCGAAAAAAUAAAGAAUAUUCUCAACCAUAUGAAAGAUCAUGAUUUUAAUACAGUCAAUUACUCUAUAGAAUAAUAUAAAUACAUUAAAUAUGAUCUGAUCAGAAAAAUAUCAUAGGAAAAAAGGAUCAUCGAACUUCUAAUAUUUUUUGUUCAUCUUACUGCCCUAGAUGAGAGAUAUAUAGGGUGUGGAUCCAAUUCCCUUCAUUUAUUAGUUAAAAUGGAGGUUGAUUUGAUGGAAUAAUCUUUUGAAAAUAUUAGAAUUAGAAAUACUUCGCUAUUAGGAGCAAAUUUUGUCAGGUGUGACUUAAGUGGAUCUUAAUUUGACAAUGUUAUUAUAAGUGGAAUAAAAUUGAAUGGAACCAAAUUAUAAAAUUGUAAAUGGAGGGAUUUAAGAAUAAAUGAGCUAAAGAAGCUAAAUGGUCAUUUUAAAAAUGUUAAUUCAGUUUGCUUUUCACCAGAUAAUAAGUCAUUAGCAUCUUGCAGCAAUGAUAAAUCUAUAUGUUUAUGGGAUAUAAAAACAGGAAAAAUAAAGACUGUAUUAAAAGGAAAGACAAGGAUAAAAUCAGUCGCAUAUUCACCAAAUGGUACCACCUUAGCUUCUUGCAGUGGUGAAGUUGUGUAUUAACAGAAUCUUAUAACUGGAAAAUAAAUAUCAAAAUUAAUUGGCCAUACCAAGAUUGUUAAUUCAGUCUGUUUCUCUCCUGAUGGUGCCACAUUAGCAUCUGGUAGCAGUUGUAAUAUCCGUCUAUGGGAUGUUAAAACAGGAUAAUAGAAGGCCAAAUUAACUGGUCAUUAUUCAAGAGUUAAUUCAGUUUGCUUCUCUCGUGAUGGUACAACAUUAGCAUCUGGCAGUUAUGAUAACUCCAUCCGUUUAUGGAAUGUUAACACAGGAUAAUUGAAAGGCAAAUUAGAUGGUCAUACCGAUUAAGUUAAGUCAGUCUGUUUCUCUCGUAAUGGUAAAACAUUAGCAUCUGGUAGUAGAGAUUAGUCCAUCCGUUUAUGGGAUGUUAAGACAGGAUAAUAGAAAGUCCAAUUAAACGGUCAUUCAAAAACAGUUGUAUCAGUUUGUUUCUCUUGUGAUGGUACUACAUUAGCAUCUGGUAGUAAAGAUAUGUCUAUCCGCUUAUGGGAUGCUAAGAAAGGAUAAUAUUUAGGUAAAUUAUGUGGUCAUUCUCAUAUUGUUCGUUCAGUCUGUUUCUCUAGUGAUAGUACUACACUAGCAUCUGGCAGUGAUGAUUAGUCUAUUCGUUUAUGGGAUUUUAAGACGGGAUAUUAAAAUGGCAGAUUAAGUGGUCAUAAAAAUUCAGUUCUAUCAGUUUGUUUCUCUCCUGAUGGUAUUUUAUUAGCAUCUUCAAGUAGAGAUAAGUCUAUGCGUCUAUGGUAUGUUAAGACAGGAAUUUAGAAAGCCAAAUUACACUUUAAUUCAAAUUAAUUUCCAUCAUUAUGCUUCUCUCCUGAUGGUAGUACAUUAGCAUCUGGGAGUAAUGAUAACUCUAUCUGUUUAUGGGAUGUGAAGAAAGAAUAAUUUCUCGGCAAAUAAUAUGGCCAUUCUAGUUUAGUUUUUUCAGUUUGUUAUUCUCCUGAUGGCACUAUAUUAGCAUCUGCUAGUAAAGAUAUGUCCAUCUGUUUAUGGGAUGUUAAGACAGAAGAAUAAAUCGCCAAAUUAGAAGGCCAUUCUUGUGUUAUUUUUUCAAUCUGUUUCUCUCCUGAUGGCGCUACAUUGGCAUCAGCGAGUAGAGAUAAUUCCAUCCGUUUAUGGGAUGUUAAGACAGGAUAAUAAAAAACACAAUUAAACGGCCAUUCAUAAACAGUUGUAUCAGUCUGUUUCUCUCCAGAUGGUGCUAGAUUAGCAUCUUGUAGCUGGGAUAUGUCUAUACGUCUAUGGGAUGUUAAGACAGAAUAACAAAUAAACAAAUUAGAUGGUCAUUCUAGUUAUGUUUAUUCGGUCUGUUUCAAUCCUGAUGGUACUACAUUAGCAUCUGGAAGUGAUGAUUAGUCUAUCCGUUUAUGGGAUGUUAAGACAGGAUAAUAAAAGGCAAAAUUAAGUGGUCAUAGCGAUAGAGUUCAAACAGUCUGCUUCUCUCCUGAUGGAAUGACAUUAGCAUCUGGAGGUGAUGAUAACUCUAUCCGUUUAUGGGAUGUAAGUUGUGGAAGUUAGAAAGAUAACCUGGCAUAAUUUUAAGCCCCGAUAUUUACAAACAACGUUCUUAAAAAAAGUAGAAUUUAUUUUUCAUUAAUCUUUAGCCCUUUCUCAUAAUACACUUCUAGAAAUUUCCUAACAUCUCAUUUUAUAAGCUUCAGGAGCUAUAAUCUUAAAAGGAGAAUUCGUAAAUUGUUAAGGUGUAAAUUUAAGAUAAUUAUUCAAAUCCAAAGGCAGUUUGAUUUUAGAAGACUAUAUAGAAUGUAAACAAAAUUGA